AUGUCUGCUGUGCGCCCCAUGAAAAGAGGCCUUCACCUCCUGAGCUCGAGCUCGCUUUGCCGCGCCGCCCCAGUGGCUGGCAAUGGCUCCGCAUUGCUCCCGCGGCCGUUAUCUACUUCUCCGCGCGCUCUCCGCUCCGCGGGCGUCACCGUCGCUGCUGCUCGUCCCCUUCCCCGGGUUGCUUCGUUGGCCGCGCAGGGAGGUGUGCGGUAUGCCUCAUCCGCUGCUCCUUCAGGCCCAGUGAAGAAAACCCAGCUGUAUGACCUGCAUCUGGCCUGGGGCGCCAAAAUGGUCCCCUUUGCGGGGUUCUCCAUGCCCUUGCAGUAUUCCGACCUCAGCCAUGUCGAGAGCCACCACUGGACCCGUGAAAAGGCCAGUCUCUUCGAUGUGAGCCACAUGGUCCAACACCAACUCAGCGGCCCCGGCGCCCUCGACCUCCUCAUGAAGGUCACCCCCUCCUCCCUUGACAAGCUCAACCACAACCAAUCCACCCUCUCCUGUCUCCUCGAAGAAGGAACCGGUGGCAUCGUCGAUGACACCGUCAUCACCCGUCGCACCGACGACACCUUUUACUUCGUGACCAAUGCCGGCCGCCGCACAGAGGACCUGGCCUUCCUGGAAGCCGAAAUCGACAACUACAAACAGAUCCACGGCGCGGACAGCCUGAAGUGGGAGAUCCUCGAAGACCGCGCCCUGGUCGCUCUCCAGGGCCCCAAGGCUGCCUCCGUCCUCCAAUCCCUCGUCUCCCCCGACGGCUCCAACUCCGACCUCUCCACCCUCUACUUUGGUAACUGCCGCGAGCUGCACCUCACCUUCCCCGACGGUACCACCACCCCAGAGCCUCUCCUCAUCUCCCGAACCGGCUACACUGGCGAAGACGGCUUCGAGAUCUCCAUUCCCACCGCCAGCGACGCAUCCCUGCCCGCCCGCGUCACCGACCUCUUCCUCUCCAACCCCGACGAAGUCCGUCUCGCCGGCCUCGCCGCGCGUGACUCCCUCCGCCUCGAAGCCGGAAUGUGUCUCUACGGCAGCGACAUCUCCACCUCUCAAACACCCCCGGGCGCCUCUCUAACCUGGCUCGUGGGCAAGGAGCGCCGCGACCCCGCCACCGCCACCUUCAACGGCGCCUCCACCGUCCUCCCCCAGGUCGCCUCCCCCAAGACCCUCUCUCAGCGCCGUGUCGGAUUUACCGUCGAGAAGGGCUCUCCGGCUCGCGAAGGCGCCAUAAUCGUCGAUCUGAACGACGAGUCCCGCACCCAAAUCGGCGUCGUUACCUCCGGUCUUCCCAGCCCUUCUCUGGGUGGCACAAACAUCGCCAUGGGAUACAUCAAGAAUGGCCUGCACAAGAAGGGCACUGAGGUCGGUGUCGUGGUUCGCAACAAGAUCCGGAAGGCUACUGUCACUGGUAUGCCCUGGGUAGAGAGCAAGUUCUACAGGCCUAAGGCUUGA